AUGGCGGCGGCGGCGGGCGCCCCUCCGCCGGGUCCGCCUCAGCCACCUCCGCCGCCGCCGCCUGAGGAGUCAUCCGACAGCGAACCUGAGGCUGAGCCGGGCUCCCCGCAGAAGCUUAUCCGUAAGGUGUCCACGUCGGGCCAGAUCCGGCAGAAGACCAUCCUCAAAGAGGGCAUGCUGACCAAACAGAACAACUCGUUCCAGCGAUCCAAGAGGAGGUACUUUAAGCUUCGAGGGCGAACACUCUACUAUGCUAAAACUGCAAAGUCGAUUAUAUUUGAUGAGGUAGACCUGACUGAUGCCAGCGUGGCAGAAUCCAGCACCAAAAAUGUCAACAACAGUUUCACGGUCAUCACUCCUUGUAGGAAGCUCAUCUUGUGUGCGGACAACAGGAAAGAAAUGGAAGAUUGGAUUGCAGCACUCAAGACUGUCCAGAACAAAGAGCAUUUUGAGCCUACCCAAUAUAGCAUGGACCAUUUCUCAGGGAUGCACAACUGGUAUGCUUGUUCCCAUGCACGACCAACCUAUUGCAACGUGUGUCGUGAAGUUUUGUCAGGGGUCACAUCCCAUGGGCUAUCCUGUGAAGUGUGUAAGUUUAAGGCUCACAAACGGUGUGCUGUGCGUGCAACCAGUAACUGCAAGUGGACCACAUUGGCCUCAAUUGGGAAGGAUAUCAUUGAGGAUGAGGAUGGGAUUGCCAUGCCCCACCAGUGGUUGGAAGGGAACCUGCCUGUGAGUGCCAAGUGUAUUGUGUGUGACAAGACUUGUGGCAGCGUGUUGCGCCUGCAGGACUGGCGCUGCCUCUGGUGCAAGGCCAUGGUUCAUACAUCUUGCAAAGAGUCCUUGGUGAUGAAGUGUCCACUUGGCCUGUGCAAGGUGUCUGUCAUCCCUCCCACAGCACUCAACAGUAUUGACUCCGAUGGGUUCUGGAAGGCCACCUGUCCCCCAUCUUGUACAAGCCCCCUGCUGGUCUUUGUCAAUUCAAAAAGUGGAGACAAUCAAGGUGUGAAGUUUCUCAGAAGAUUCAAGCAGCUGCUGAACCCUGCCCAGGUUUUUGACCUCAUGAAUGGAGGACCACACCUUGGCUUACGGUUAUUUCAGAAGUUUGACACCUUCCGGAUUCUGGUUUGUGGCGGGGAUGGCAGUGUUGGCUGGGUCCUCUCUGAAAUUGACAGCCUCAACCUUCACAAACAGUGUCAGCUAGGUGUGCUGCCCCUGGGGACAGGGAAUGACCUGGCCCGUGUUCUUGGCUGGGGCUCUGCCUGUGAUGAUGAUACACAGCUCCCUCAAAUCUUGGCAAAGCUGGAGAGGGCCAGCACUAAGAUGCUGGACAGGUGGAGUGUCAUGGCAUAUGAGACCAAGCUCCCUCGGCAGGCCUCUUCCUCCACUGUCACUGAGGACUUCAGCGAGGACUCGGAGGUACAGCAAAUUCUCUUCUAUGAAGACUCAGUUGCAGCCCAUCUUUCAAAAAUCUUAACUUCAGACCAGCAUUCUGUGGUAAUCUCAUCAGCCAAAGUGCUCUGUGAGACAGUGAAGGACUUCGUGGCUCGAGUGGGCAAGGCCUAUGAGAAGACGACAGAGAGCUCUCAGGAGUCUGAGGUCAUGGCCAAGAAGUGCUCUGUUUUGAAAGAGAAACUGGACUCUCUCCUCAAGACCUUGGAUGAUGAGUCUCAGGCUUCAUCCUCUCUGUCCAACCCACCUCCUACCAUUGCUGAGGAGGCUGAGGAUGGGGACGGAUCAGGCAACAUCUGUAGCUCUACUGGGGACCAUCUGGUGGGCUCGGCAUGUCCCUCCCGGCCACAGAUCUUCCGGCCCCGGGAGCAGCUAAUGCUGAGAGCCAACAGCCUGAAGAAAGCAAUUCGCCAGAUUAUAGAGCACACAGAAAAAGCUGUGGAUGAGCAGAAUGCCCAGACCCAGGAGCAGCAGGAUUUUGUCCUAGGCCUUUCUGAAUCUGAGAAGAAGGACCUAAAAACUGACAAUAGAGUGUGCACAUCAUCUGCCCUUAGUGAGAGCUGUGUGGCUGCCAAGGGGAGGAGUCAACGCAAAGCAUCCAGGGCCCCUUGUGAAAAGCUGAUGAGCAAAGGUCUGUCACUUGGCAGCUCUGCCUCGCUCCCUCCUAAUACAGGAAGCCGGGACAGCCUGCCUGCUCUGAACACCAAGAUCCUAUAUCCAAGUGUUCGGGCAGGGAUGUCUGGCUCCUUGCCAGGGGGCUCAGUCAUCAGUCGCUUGUUAAUUAAUGCUGAUCCCUUUAAUGCUGAACCUGAAAACCUAGAAUACUACACAGAGAAGUGUGUCAUGAACAACUAUUUUGGCAUUGGCUUGGAUGCAAAGAUAUCUCUGGACUUUAACAACAAGCGUGAUGAACACCCAGAGAAAUGCAGGAGUCGGACUAAGAACAUGAUGUGGUAUGGUGUCCUUGGCACCAAAGAGCUGCUGCACAGAACCUACAGGAACCUGGAACAAAAGGUCCUGCUGGAGUGUGAUGGGCGUCCUAUUCCCCUCCCAAGUCUUCAAGGAAUUGCUGUCCUCAACAUUCCCAGCUAUGCUGGAGGGACCAACUUCUGGGGGGGCACCAAGGAAGAUGAUACUUUUGCAGCUCCAUCAUUCGAUGAUAAGAUUCUGGAGGUGGUUGCUGUGUUCGGCAGCAUGCAGAUGGCUGUGUCUCGUGUAAUUAAGCUACAGCAUCAUCGGAUUGCCCAGUGUCGCACAGUGAAGAUCUCCAUCCUGGGGGAUGAGGGCGUUCCUGUGCAGGUGGAUGGGGAAGCCUGGAUCCAGCCACCUGGGUACAUUCGGAUUGUGCACAAGAACAGGGCACAGACUCUGACCAGAGACAGGGCCUUUGAAAACACCUUGAAGUCUUGGGAAGACAAACAGAAAUGUGAGCUGCCCCGCCCACCAUCCUUUUCCCUGCACCAUGAGAUCCUGUCUGAGGAGGAAGCCACCCAGAUGGAUCAGUUUGGGCAUGCAGCAGGAGUCCUCAUUCACAGCAUUCGGGAAAUAGCACAGUCCCACAGAGACAUGGAACAGGAACUCGCACAUGCUGUCAAUGCCAGCUCCAAAGCCAUGGAGCGAGUAUACGGCAAGCCCAGAACUGCAGAGGGGUUGAACUGCAGCUUUGUUCUGGAGAUGGUGAAUAACAUCAGAGCCUUGCGCAGUGAGACGGAGCUGCUGCUGGCUGGGAAGAUGGCCCUGCAGUUGGAUCCCCCUCAGAAGGAACGGCUCGGGGCUGCCCUAGUUGAGAUGGACCGGCAGCUCAAGAAGCUGACAGACACUCCCUGGCUUUGCCAGCCCAUGGAGCCUGGUGAGGAAGAGUCUCUCCAACAGAGUGUGAUGCUGGAUCUUACUAAACGCAGCCGCAGUGGUAAAUUCCGCCUAGUGACCAAGUUUAAAAAGGAGAAAAACAAUAAGAACAAAGAAGUUCACAGUAACCUAGGAGGCCCUGUUCACCUCUGGGGGACAGAGGAGGUUGCUGCCUGGCUGGAGCACCUCAGUCUCUGUGAGUAUAAGGACAUCUUCACGCGGCACGACAUCCGGGGCUCUGAGCUCCUGCACCUGGAGCGGAGGGACCUCAAGGACCUUGGUGUGACCAAAGUGGGCCAUAUGAAGAGGAUCCUUUGUGGGAUCAAGGAGCUGAGCCGGAGCUCCCCUGCCGCCGAGGCCUAGCCUCUGCGUUCUCUGCCUGCAUCCUCCGCUCCUCCCGAGACUGAGGCCUAGGGAGGACACUGCCAGCACUCAGCCCCUGGCCUUUCUCAUGGUGCUAUUCCUUUUGUUAGUGACCGAAAGCCGGACGCCUGUCAAUAACAGCUUUGGAGUCUUGAACAUACCAACACAGCUACCUUUGAGAAUACUUUUCCUAGCUGCAGUCAUUUGGAGCAGACUGAGUCAGGUCUACUUGUGGCUCUUGCUAACCUGCCUUGUGGGCCACAGGGAAUGUGGUGAAUGAAGCCUGACUGCCCAGCACCUGGCACCCCUGCAGAACCUUCUUACCUGGGGCACAUGCUCAGAUUGUGCUUUCCACUCCUUAUCUAUGUCCUUUAGUGGCCACACUGGGUUGUGCCAUCUUCUGUCUCUGUUGGCUCUCAGAAGCAGAGUUGGGUCUGGCUUCAGUGGCCCUCACCAGAAUGUUCUCUGUGCCUGCUACCCACUCUGUGUUUCUUCCCAGCAGCCCCGCAAAGGCAGCCCACUGCUGCUGCCCCCUUUGUUCACGAGGUUUCAUCAUUUUAAAAAACAAGCUUAUUUACUUUCCUGGUUUGAAAGUGGCAUGGAUGUGUUUCCAGGCUUGUUAUAUAUAGUCUGUGAGGAAGAAGGAAAGUCCUCCUGCUUAGGCCAGGCCUCAGAACACUUGGUUCUCUUCCCUUUGUCCUCUGAGCUGUGAGCAUGUGGACACCCCAUCUCCUCAGGAUGCUACAGGUGUCUGCAGUCCAGUCUGGGGCAGAUAAGGAUAUGAGUUUACACUGACUCAGCAUUCCUGUGGAGACCAGGCUUCCUGGGGGCUGGAAAUGACAUACGCCAUGGGAUAAUGAAUAGUCAGUAGGGGCAGUCUGGAGCCAUUUCGGGUGGUUUCUCACCUGCGGUGAGGUUUGUUGUCCCAGGAGAUGCCUGUGAGACAUCUGACCAUUGCUGCUGCCCUGCCACUAUGUGCUGAGCAGAACUGGCUCUGAGUCAGCAGGUGGCACUAUUGGGGGCAGAAAGCUCCCCAAGGCCCAAACUACAUCCUGUGGCCAGUUCCCAGGAGAGGCUGCCCCGGCCUUCACUGCCACUGACUUACCCUUCUCCACUUUCAGAGACCGCAGUCCUCCACAGGGACUUGUAUAACAGCUGGAAAGGGCUGUAGCUCAGCCCUGCAAGGAGGGCGGCUGCUGGUCUGUGGUCCUCACCAGAGAUGACAGGUCUGUGAACUCUGCCCGUGCUUCCCCAUCUGACAUGGGAAGGAAAUGCUGAACUUGGACACUGGGUAGAGUCUGCAGCAGCUCCAGCUGGGAGGCAAGGUUGACCUGCUGUUUGUUCUGCAGACUAGACUCCUUGUUCAUCUUCCCUUUACUGAUGACAGAUCUGAGAGCCCUGGUCAGCAGAGUGGAGGUAUGGAGAGGAGCCUACAAUGUUAUUCCUGCCGUGUUCUGUCCUAGGCCUAGAGUUCCAUCCAUUGUAUCUUAGAUGUGGGCUGGGAGAAUCUCUGCCAUGUGUGUGGAUGUUGUUGCCUCCCUGAAUGGAAAUAGUUUCCAUUUUUCCACCUGGGAUUCUAUUUCCCACCAAGCAGUCAAUGUAGACCAGAAUGUGGAAGCAGGGAUAACCUCAGAUAAUUCAGAGCCUGUACCAGCCAGAUCAGCUGAAACUUAGGUGACUAGGGUCCUGAGAAGCAAUUUAGGGCAGUGGCUUUCUUCAGAAAGCUUCAUGUUUGGGUGAGGGUGUUAGAAAUCAUUGUUGUCAGCAAAAAAGUGAGAGGUCCAGUCUGAGUGCUGGAGGGACCUGUCAGGUGGCUGGCCAUGGGCUCUCCACAGAUGUGUUCUGGCCAUCACUACCCUGCCCCCAACACCCAACCCCUAAUCCCACAGCAGUUCUUUAGAGUUCUGGAGAGGGGAGAAUGAAGGAUCCCAAGAAAUUGGAGUAAAGGUUUUGUGCCUGCAGGUGGGGCUAACUUAACCCCUCAUAUUUAUAAUCUUAAUUUAUAGUGACCAUCUGGAGCAGAUGCCUCUUGUAUUGUUAUGUACAUAGUCUGCAUCAGAGAGUUGUAAAUAAGUUCUUCUGUGUAUAAUAAAAUAAGCCUGUUUUUGAUCUUCCAGUAA